AUGGGAGACUACGGCCCCGCGGCACCAGCACUCCACCCCAUUCCAGUGGACAGCCCGUCCCAGCCACAGCCCCCGCCCAGCGAGAUCUCAGUGUUGAUAACAGGGUUUGGUCCCUUCAAGACAAAUCUCGUCAACGCCUCCUAUUUGAUCGCCUCUUCGCUCCCGUCUUCUUUCACCUUCCCUUCUCCCAAGGGUGAUCAUGACCGCCGCGUCUCCCUUCAUGUGCACUCCACCCCGAUCCCCGUCGCUUAUUCGACGGUUCGCGAAACCCUCCCGACUAUCUUGAAGGACUACGCUGCUGCGCAUGGCGGUAGACCUAAUAUCGUACUUCAUAUUGGUAUCGCGUCGCCGAGGCCUUACUACUCGGUCGAGUCCCUAGCCCAUCGCGAUGACUAUAAUAUCACCGAUAUCGAUGGCCGUACCGGCUAUGAGGACGGUGAGAAGCGCUGGAAGGAGUUAGGCUUACCGCCUACCCUGGCACCGGGGUCUGAGGAAGGUAAGGAGGGCGUGUAUCCGCCGAAUGACCAUUUCCUGGAGACGUGGAAGUCGCUGGCUCCGGUGGAGACGGAUCUGCGUGUCUCCAAGGACCCUGGUCAUUAUCUUUGUGACUUUAUUUUCUAUACUAGCUUGUCGCUGGCUUUGAUGGAAGGUCGGGAUCGAAACGUGGUCUUCCUUCACGUUCCUGCGGCGUCGGAGGAUGCCGAUAUUGAUUUGGGACGGGAUAUUGCCCUGGCUUUGAUCAAGACUUUGGUGACCUGCUGGAUCGACGAGAAGACUGCAUGA